AUGGCCGGCCGCUUUGUACGCGCGUCGAAAUAUCGACACGUCUUUGGCAAGCCCACCAAGAGGGAGCUGUGCUACGACAACCUCCACAUCAGCCGCAAUGCCUGGGAUACCAACUUGGUGAAGGCAAACCCAGAGUACCUAUCGGUCAACUGGGAAGCGAGCGGUGGCGGCGCGUUUGCCGUGAUUCCCCUGAAUGAGCGUGGGAAGCUGCCCGACCAAAUACCCCUUUUCCGGGGGCAUACUGCAGCCGUGCUCGACACAGAUUGGAAUCCAUUCAACGACCGCAUCAUCGCUUCGGCAUCUGACGACGGCAAGGUAUUUGUGUGGGAAGUGCCUAAGGGGUUCACCCUUUACACAGAUGCCGAGGAGGUUCCCGAUGUCGCGCCUGUAUCCAGACUUAGUGGCCACUCAAGAAAAGUCGGGCACGUCCUCUUUAACCCAGCGGCCGAGAACAUCCUCGCCUCCUCCUCAGGCGAUUUGACGAUCAAGCUGUGGGACAUCAGCACUGGCCAGGCGGCUAUUACCCUCAAGAGCGCAGAGAUUAUACAGAGUCUGUCGUGGAACGCCAGCGGUUCGCUGUUGGUAACCACCUCCAGGGAUAAGAAGCUGCGUGUAUGGGAUGUGCGUCAGGAGAAGCUCGUACACGAGUAUGCGGGCCAUGAGGGCGCGAAGAACAGCCGGGUAGUGUGGAUGGGCGAACACAGCCGUUUUGCGACCACGGGUUUCUCGAGGAUGAGCGAAAGGCAGAUCGGGCUAUGGGAGCCAGGCCGGAAAGACCCCAUCGGCGGUUUCACGUCACUCGACUCCAUUUCGGGUGUCUCCAUGCCUUUUUGGGACGAGGGAUCAAACUGUCUCUAUCUCGCUGGAAAGGGUGAUGGCAACAUCCGCUAUUUUGAGUACGAAAACGACAAAUUCGAGUUCUUGUCCGAGUACAAGUCGGCGGAUCCUCAACGAGGUAUUGCGUUCGUGCCACGGCGCGGCAUCAACGUCCAUGAAAACGAGGUAAUGAGGGCCUACAAGACGGUCAACGACACCUACAUCGAGCCCAUCUCCUUCACUGUUCCCCGCCGUGCCGAAACUUUCCAGGCCGAUAUCUAUCCCCCGGCUAUCGGCACCAAACCUGCCAUGUCUGCCAAGGAAUGGUUUGACGGGAAGACGGCCGUUCCGCCCAAGAUUGAUAUGGAGAGCAUCUACGAGGGCACUGCACCUGUUGAGGUGCCUGCUGACUACAAGCCGCCUGCUGCUGCGCCAGCUCCUGCGCCCACUCCUGCGUCGGCCCCAAAGAAGGAACCCGAGCCGACACCGGCACCGGUGCGUGCUCCGGCUACAGUGGCUGACCAGAAAAGCUCCAUCUCGGCCAUGGCGAACAAGUUCCAAGACAACGACGAGGAAGAGGAUGACGACGAUGAAGCCGAGACGUCAAGCUUCGAGGAGAUCACGCGGCCUGUACCCCGUUCCAAUAUCCCCGUUCGGUCUGCGGCCAAGCCAGAACCUGUCACGACAAGCGUCCCGGUCGUGCAAGCGAAGCCGGCGUCGCCGGUCAAAUCACCCCCGGCCAACGCACCAUCAGCUAGCCGCGCUGCUCCUGUGAGCACGCCGUCAGCCCCGGCGGUUGAGUCUUCGCUGGAGCAGAUCAAGCACCUCCUUGAGCAGCAGGGCCAGAUUAUCAGCGCUCAGAGUGAGAAGAUCACGGCCCAAACCCAGAUCAUUGCCCGUCUUGCUGCCGAGGUUGAAACGCUCAAGAAGAGGGUGGGUGCGGCGCCACAGGACCAGAGCGAGCGGAUCCGGCAGCUGGAGCUGGAGCUGGAAGAGGCGAGGUCGUGA